UGGUUUUUGUGUUCUGUCUCAAUUUAGGAGGUUAUCUUUCUCAUAUUCAUUCUCUCACUCUCAAAUAUCUCUCUCUUCCGGUGUUUUCUUCACUUAUUACACCUUCCAAAUGUGACUUCUUCUACUACUACCAUUUCUUUCUUACCAUGUCAUUCCCUUCUACUUCUACCCUUUUUCAUUUUUCCCUCUGAAGUGCAAAAACAUGUUACUCAGAAGUUGCACCGUAUCAACUCCAACCUCAUGGUUUUCCCAUUCCGUGCAAUCUUCAUCUGAAUCAGAACCGAUUCUUCGGGUUCCUAGAGCAAUUUCAACUCCAAUACAGAACUUGGCUGAGACAAGUAUGUCUGGGAAGAAAAUUUGCUUGUCACGAAGUAAAGUCCUGAAGAAUAAGAUGAAAGAAAGUGAAGAAAUGGAAGAGACAAAGCAGAAAUUUUUCAGGAAGAGUGGAACACCACCUUCAGUUCGGGAACUGUUUUCGAGUUCUGGUUUAGAUGAGCAUGAAGAGGGUGGUUUGGGGUUGCAGACUUCGGUGAUGGGUGGUGGGAUGGGGAGUGGUGGUGGCAGGAUCUGUGGUGGUUUUAAUGGAAGUGGAAGAGGCUCACAUGGUAGGGAUUGGACGGAUGCUUAUUACCAGAACAUGAUUGAAGCGAACCCCAAUAAUGCUCUUUUGCUUGGAAAUUAUGCUAAGUUUUUGAAGGAGGUUCGUGGAGAUUAUCCUAGAGCAGGGGAGUAUCUUGAAAGAGCCAUUUUGGUUAAUCCUGGAGAUGCUAAUGUUUUGUCCCUCUAUGCUGAUUUGAUAUGGCAGACAGAGAAGAAUGCUGAUCGAGCUGAGGGCUAUUUUGAUCAAGCUGUUAAAAGUUCACCAGAUGAUUGCUAUGUUCUGGCUUCUUAUGCAAAAUUUCUCUGGGAUGUUGAAGAAGAUGAAGAAGACAAAGAAUGCCAACAAAACACUGAUCUAGGCCAUGCAUAUCCACUUGAUCUCUUUAAAGAAACCAGAGAUAGCCCCCAUGUUACCGAAGCUUUUCAAUCCUACCUCUCUGAAUGAACUUCUUAAAAGACUACUAUUAUAGUCUCAGACAAUAAUGUCUUCCCUUUUUUCUUGUAAGUGACUACUAUAUAUACAUAUCGGUUUAGUAGAGUAGAGUUGACUAUCUAGCUGUGAAUAGCUUAUGCUACAAAUAAGAGAAACCAAACCUGUAAUCUGUCUUCUGUUGUAUACUAGGGAGGCUUCCACUGCUGUAUCUUGAGAAUAUGAAAUUUUGGUUCAAAAUAAAGAAAAGAGAAUAACCCUUUUUCGGUUU